UUUUGGCGGGAACGCGAGGAGUGAAGUUGUGUGAUUUGUUUUAUUUUGUCUAUUUAGUGUUUCUUCAGGUUUAAAUGUGUAAUAACGGUGGUUUAUUAACUGUUUAAUAUCUGUGAAAGUGCACAAAUGUGGGAAAAUGAAACAAAGCUGCUGGACGUAACUUCUCGGAUUCGUCCAAAAAAUCCACUGAAAAAAUCUCAGUAAAUGACCACCAUUUUACUGCGAUUAUAUUUCAUCCCAUAUCAUCUCAUUUCAUUAAAUUUCAUGCCAGUUGAUUAAUGUUUCAAAUUAAUCAUCUUCAUUUCAUUUCACUCCAUAUUAUCAUUUUUCAUAAAAUUAAGAAUAUAAAGUAAAAUAAGACAUGACUUAAAGGUCUCAGUUACCAGGUCAUAAAAUCUCUUAAAAAAAAGAGUAAAAGUGAAGACUUUUUGGCGGGAACGCGAGGAGUGAAGUUGUGUGAUUUGUUUUAUUUUGUCUAUUUAGUGUUUCUUCAGGUUUAAAUGUGUAAUAAUGGUGGUUUAUUAACUGUUUAAUAUCUGUGAAAGUGCACAAAUGUGGGAAAAUGAAACAAAGCUGCUGGACGUAACUUCUCAGGUUCCUCCAAAAAGUCCACUGAAAAAAUCUCAGUAAAUGACCACCAUUUUACUGCGAUUAUAUUUCAUCCCAUAUCAUUUAAUUUCAUUAAAUUUCAUCCCAGUUGAUUAAUGUCUCAAAUUAAUCAUCUUCAUUUCAUUUCACUCCAUAUUAUCAUUUUUCAUAAAAUUAAGAAUAUAAAGUAAAAUAAGACAUGACUUAAAGGUCUUAGUUACCAGGUCAUAAAAUCUCUUAAAAAAAGAGUCAAAGUGGCCCAAAGCAUAGAUUAUACACUUAAUGGCCCAAAGUGGCCCAAAGGCUACCACAAAAAAAUAGAAGUGGGCGUUCAUAAAUUCGUUACCAUGGGAAGUCCAGAGCGUGAACUUUGUCCACCACCUUCAGAAGAGGACGAACUGACUCUACCAAGAGCUAGUAUAAAUAAAAUGAUAAAAGAGUUAGUGCCUUCUGUUCGUGUAGCGUUCGAGUCAAGGGAGUUAAUCCUAAAUUGCUGCACUGAAUUCAUACAUUUGAUUAGUUCUGAAGCCAAUGAAGUAUGUAAUCAAAGCAAUAAGAAAACAAUUAAUGCAGAACAUGUCCUUACAGCCCUAGACAGAUUAGGAUUUAGUGACUACACAAUAGAAGCAGAAGCUGUCUUAAAAGAUUGUAAAGCAGUGGCGGCUAAAAGAAGACGACAAAGCACACGCCUUGAGAAUUUAGGCAUUCCAGAAGAAGAAUUAUUGAGACAACAACAAGAACUGUUUGCAAAGGCCCGUGAGGAACAAGCAAAACAAGAACAGCAACAGUGGCUUUUACUACAACAACAAGGACUUGUUGGUGUUGAAGGAAAUGCACAACCAUAUGUACCACCUACAACUGCUCCAAGAACUGAUGAUGAUGAAGAUGAUGAUUACUCAUAAGAAACAUUUAAUUAGGGAUGUGGUAUCGGCGUAUAAGAGCGUUGCAGAUAUGACAGGCAGUUAGUAAUCGGAACUACUCGAAGCGAAGCGGAAGAAGCGAAUUGAGAAUUUUAAAGUGUUUGUGAAGUGUUUUAAGUGUUGAAUACAGUGAUAACAUGUAAUUCGGUAAAAUUUUAUUUAUCCCGAACCCCAGCGCGUAACAAUAUGUAUAUUGGCAGUCCAAAUUCUGAAGGAAACUGGGAAGUUUGUAUGAGCUGUAACUCGCUAUUUAUCUUUAUUAUUAGCACAACUACAUUAUCAAAUCAAAUUAGUUGAUCAAACGAUUAGUUAUAAUUAGUGGGUCGAUACAAACACACGCAAACACUUGUUAAUUAUAAAUGAAGAAAUAAAUGUAGUAUUAGUAAAAUUAUAAAAUAUACAUAUAAUGUAAAAAAUAA